AUGGCCCCGCCGCUUCUGCUGCUGCUGCUGGCCAGUGGAGCGGUCGCCUGCCCGCUGCCCUGCGUCUGCCAAAACCUGUCCGAGUCGCUUAGCACCCUGUGCGCCCACCGAGGCCUGCUCUUUGUGCCGCCCAACGUGGACCGGCGCACAGUGGAGCUGCGGCUGGCGGACAACUUCAUCCAGGCCCUGGGCCCGCCUGACUUCCGCAACAUGACGGGACUAGUGGACCUGACGCUGUCCCGAAACGCCAUCACCCGCAUCGGCGCCCACUCCUUUGGGGACCUGGAGAGCUUGCGCUCGCUGCACCUGGACGGCAACCGGCUGGUGGAGCUGGGCGCCAGCAGCCUGCGCGGGCCUGCCAAUCUGCAGCACCUCAUCCUCAGUGGCAACCAGCUGGGCCGCAUCGCGCCGGGGGCCUUUGACGACUUUCUCGAGAGCCUCGAGGACCUGGACCUGUCCUACAACAACCUGCGGCAGGUGCCCUGGGCCGGCAUCGGAGCCAUGCCCGUCCUGCACACGCUCAACCUGGACCACAACCUGAUCGACGCACUGCCCCCGGGUGCCUUCGCCCAGCUCGGCCAGCUCUCCCGCCUCGACCUCACUUCCAACCGCCUGACCACGCUGGCACCCGACCCGCUCUUCUCCCGGGGCCGCGACGCCGAGGCCUCGCCCGUGCCACUCGUGCUGAGCUUCAGCGGGAACCCGCUGCACUGUAACUGCGAGCUGCUGUGGCUGCGGCGGCUGGCACGGCCCGACGACCUGGAGACGUGCGCCUCGCCGCCUGGCCUGGCCGGCCGCUACUUCUGGGCAGUGCCCGAGGGCGAGUUUUCCUGUGAACCACCCCUCAUUGCCCGCCACACACGGCGCCUCUGGGUGCUGGAAGGCCAGCGGGCCACACUGAGGUGCCGGGCCCUGGGAGACCCCGCGCCCGCCAUGCACUGGGUCGGCCCCGACGACCGGCUGGUCGGCAAUUCCUCCCGGGCCCGGGCUUUUCCCAACGGGACCCUGGAACUUGGGGUGACGAGCGCCGGAGACGCAGGGGGCUACACCUGCAUCGCCACCAACCCUGCUGGUGAGGCCACAGCCCACGUGGAGCUGCAGGUGCUGGCCCUGCCCCACAGCGGGAACGGUAGCACCGAGGGUGGCCGCCCGGGGCCUUCGGACAUUGCCGCCUCGGCUCGCACUGCCGCCGAGGGUGAGGGGACUCAAGAGACAGAGGCGGCCGUGCAGGUGACUGAGGUGACUGCCACCUCAGGUCUGGUGAGCUGGGGGCCUGGGCGGCCGGCUGAGCCAGUGUGGAUGUUCCAAAUCCAGUACAACAGCAGCGAAGACGAGACCCUCAUCUACCGGAUUGUCCCAGCCUCCAGCCACCAAUUCCUGCUGAAGCACCUGGUCCCUGGAGCAGACUAUGACCUCUGCCUGCUGGCCCUGUCACCCACUGCGGGGCCCUCUGACCUCCCCGCUACCAGGCUGCUGGGCUGUGCCCACUUUUCCACACUGGCAGCCACACCCCUGUGCCACGCGCUGCAGGCCCAUGUGCUGGGUGGGACCCUGACUGUGGCUGUGGGGGGAGUACUGGUGGCCGCCUUACUGGUCUUCACUGUGGCCUUGCUGGUUCGGGGCCGGGGGGCCGGGAAUGGCCGCCUGCCCCUCAAGCUCAGCCACGUCCAAUCUCAGACCAACGGAGGCUCCAGCCCCACACCCAAGAGCCACCCACCACGGAGCCCCCCGCCCCGUCCCCAGCGCAGCUGCUCCCUGGACCUGGGUGACACGGGUGGGUGCUACGGUUACGCCAGGCGCCUGGGAGGGGCCUGGGCUCGACGGAGCCACUCUGUACACGGGGGGUUUCUCGGGGCAGGGUGCCGGGGGGCAGGGGGCAGUGCGGAGCGGCUAGAGGAGAGUGUGGUGUGA